UCCCCCAUUCCCCAGCUCCCACUCCCGCAGCGCCGCUAGGGUUUAACAACCAUGGCCGCCGCCGCCGCCGCCGCCGCCGCGCGGAGGCUCCUCUCCAGCCGCGCCUCCUCCUCCCUCUCCUCGCUCCUCCGCCGCGCGCCUGCGGCGGGGGCGGCUUCCGCCGAGCAGUCCAUGCUGCUGCGCUCAGCCGCCGUCGCGGCGGCCUCCCGCCUCGGCUUCCCUCGCGGGAUGGCGCGUCGGCCGGGCGGGGACGGGUACUCCCCGAUGCGGUCCGGCGGCGGGGGCGGGGACCGCGCGCCCACCGAGAUGGCGCCGCUGUUCCCCGGCUGCGACUACGAGCACUGGCUCAUCGUCAUGGACAAGCCCGGCGGGGAGGGCGCCAACAAGCAGCAGAUGAUCGACUGCUACGUCCAGACGCUCGCCAAGGUCCUCGGAAGCGAGGAGGAGGCGAAGAGGAAGAUCUACAACGUCUCGUGCGAGCGCUACUUCGGGUUCGGGUGCGAGAUCGAUGAGGAGACGUCCAACAAGCUCGAGGGGCUCCCUGGUGUUCUCUUUGUGCUCCCGGAUUCGUAUGUUGAUCCUGAGUACAAGGACUAUGGAGCUGAGCUCUUUGUUAACGGUGAGAUUGUUCAGAGGCCCCCGGAGAGGCAGAGGAGGGUUGAACCAGUGCCACAGAGAACUGCAGAUAGACCUAGGUACAAUGACAGGACCCGCUAUGCCCGUAGGAGGGAGAACCAGCGAUGAGCUGAUCAAAGACCAGUAAUAACAAGCCAGGGGUGGUUUCAGCUCUCAAAUUGAAGGAUAAUAUUACAUCUACUGAAACGGGCCAUUUUCAGUUGCACGUGCACUUUAUUCACUCUAGAAUAUUUGUUAUCUGGGUGCUUGUGUUGUGCUCUGUAAUUACAAGAGAUUGAAAGUACCUGGUUUGACAUGCAUUGCUACUAGCACACUUCAGCAGCCAUUUGCACUUGUAAAUUCUUUUGGUGAUCGAAGUUGUGACUUGUCAGUGCCCUCAUAAACUAAGAAAUGCAGUGAUCAUUUGUUUGAGUGCAAUGGUCAGCACCA